AUGUAUGCCUGCUUCAAGUUCUCCUCUACCCGCUCCCUGAUCAGGAGCACCUCUCAGCUGCUGAGUCGUCGUCUGUCCGUCCAUCCGCUGUCUGCAGUGGAGUUGAAGCGACCACGGAUGCUAACAGAUAAGGGCCUCAGCAGCUUGGAGGUCCCGCAGCCUCUGACCUCACUUAUCCCUAGCCACAGCUUCCAAACCAGCGCCAUUUCAAGGGACAUCGACACCACUGCCAAGCUCAUUGGAGCCAGGACUGCUACAGUCGGGGUGGCUGGUUCUGGGGCAGCGAUUGGGACUGUUUUGGGAAGUCUCAUCACUGGCGGUGCCAGGAACCCUCCUCUGAAGCAACAAGUCUUCUACACGAUUCUGGGCUUUGCCCACUCAGAGGCCACAGGGCUCUUUAGCCUAAUGGUGCCCUUUCUCAUCGUCUUCGCCAUGUGGGGCAGCUGUCUCCAUUCCACCCACAAGUCUUCCGUGUCUUGUCUGCCCUGUAUGGUCCUUUUCCUGUGCCUCCCCAAGAAGUCUGGGGAAAGUGGUUGGCUCAGGGCUUGA